AUGGAAGAAAAGCUAAAGCAGCUAAAUGACUGUAUGACGGAUCAUCCCGAUUUUCCGAAACCAGGAAUCGUGUUCAAAAAUAUCAUGCCGCUCUUUUCCGACCCGGAAAGAAUGAAACUUCUCGGAGAUGUGUUGGAAGAAACGAUCAGGGAAAAGUUCCCAGGAUGCACCAAGCUUGUCGGCCUCGAAUCGAGAGGAUUUUUAAUGGGGAUGGCCGUGGCUUCUAGAUUAGGAGUCGGUUUUGUCCCGAUCCGUAAAAAGGGCAAGCUCCCUGGGGAAGUGGUGCGACAGGAAUAUACGCUUGAAUACGGAACUGAUGUGGUUGAGAUUGAGAAAGCGUCUCUAGAAGCUACUGACAAAAUCGUCCUCAUCGACGACCUGAUCGCCACCGGAGGCACUAUGAAAGCAGCCGUCAAACUCAUCGGCUCUACUGAAGCAACACUUGUCGGCGCUUUGUGCCUCAUUGAAAUCGACUUUUUGAAGGGAAAAGAAGGCAUUGACAACUUCGUUUCCCUAAUCCACAUCUAA